AUGGGUUCCGUUUCGGCGGUUCACGACGCCGCCGCUGCCAUGGCCAACCAGCAGCCCGCGCCCGUACAGCAGCACAUCAAACGGCCCAUGAACGCCUUUAUGGUCUGGUCCAGGGGACAGCGGCGGAAGAUGGCCCAGGAGAACCCGAAAAUGCACAACUCCGAGAUCAGCAAGCGGCUGGGCGCCGAAUGGAAGCUCUUGACCGAACCCCAGAAACGGCCGUUCAUCGACGAAGCCAAACGUUUGAGGUAAAAUAAUAUAAUAUUUAUAACAUGUUGUAUGGAAAAAAAAAAAAUCGUAUGGCCGAGUAUCGGGUUAGAAUGACGGAAAAUUCCUCAAAAUAUACACUGCUGUGUACAUUAUUUCUCCAUGCCAAAGUUGUUGGUUACUCGUAAAUAUUAUCGCGAGAAUUUCGCAUCCGCUCGAAUUUAACUUUCAACACGAAUGGUUUUGGCCGCCUAUUUAUGAAUAAAAUUAUUGAAAUAAAUAAACAUGUACGUCAUAUUAGAUACGAUCGGUGUUUCCCGAUUUUUUUUUAUUCUACGCAUGUUUUUAAAAAUCUCUUUGCCUCCCCCUGUUAAUUAAAAAUACGAAAUAAAUUUUUUUUUUAAUUUUUGAAACGGUAAAUUCGAACACAUUUCUUACAAUAUUUCGCUAUACGUUACUCCCCACACAUAAUACCUAAAUCCCUUUCUAGGAAUUCAGUUAGCCGUAUCCAAUAUUCAACCGUACGCCAAUUUUUUCAAACAACUCAUACAUGUUUUGUUGUUUUCCCAACUCCGAUCCUCCUUCGGUUAAAAAAAAAAACGUUCGAUCAGUCGUUUUGCCAUUCUCGGCCAGACGUCCUUUUUAAAAUGCCGUAGAACCGCAUGUGCAAAUAAUUCGAGGACGCACCGUACAAGACGGUCGCGACAUAUAUUAGGCGGUUACCGUCCGAAUAUCCGUAUAUUACUAUCGCGCAACGAAAAUAUUAUUUUUACACGGAUUUUUCGUUAACAUAACGCGCAAAAUAAUUUCACGACACCCGUAAUAAUGUUGUGUCCGACGAAUAUUAGUGCAAAAUAAAGCGAUUGACGUAUUUAUUUGUAUAGUUCGUUUGUUUGUGCUAUAUAUUCAAACGCGUGAAAAAAAAAACGUAUAGAACGCGGUUGGCUGAAAAUCAUCGCGGUUAUAGUUUUUCGAAAUUCAAGACGAGCAAAAUUUAUUCUGUAGUUUUUCCUCUCGAAAUUUAAACCCUAUAAAAACGGCGGUGCGCAACGGUUGAUUUAUGAUAUUUCAAUACGAUAAAUAUGUUUGUUUUCAGAGGGGGACGGGAAGGAGGGAGGGAACAGUUAUUAUUAUUCGAUUCGGAUGUCGCGGACGAGGAGCGAAGUAUACCGUUUUAAACGGAUACAAAUUAUCGGGUCGCGAGGCCGUCGACUGCGAUAGGAAUAAGGGUGGAAACGCGCGAUCGACGGACGGACUUUAAAUUGCAUAAUAAUCAGUGGCGUAACUAGAACUUCCGAUGCCCGUGGCAAAAAAAUAUCGCAUUAAAGUCCUAAAAACUGAACCGGAAAAAAAGGGGGGGGGGUUAUUCAAAAGGACCCUCAUUCGUCCAUUAACGUCUAGGUCACUGCUAGGGCCCUCGUCUGUCGUGGGCCCCGUGGCGUUUGCCCACCUUGCCCGACCGGUAUUUAUGCCGAUGAUAAUACUAUACAUAACCUAACGCGUACAGUCACUUUUCGUCGGACGGACCCCGGGAAAAAUGACGGGUAAUCCGGCCGAUAUACAAUACAUAAGAGCGACAAGGAUAAAAACCUCUCCGGUAUUUUGUAGCGAUGUACAUUAAGUCGGAUUUUCAGACCCGACGAUUUAUCGUUCGCAUAUUCUCGCGCAUUAAUAAAACGUAUUAAAAAAAAAAAAAAAAAACGAUAUUGUAGAAAACGUUAUCGUUUCCGCGUGACGCUCGCCGUGUACAUAAUAUAUACGCGUACUAUACGCGCGACGACACGGAUUUAUACGAAUAAACUCGAUUGGUAUUUUUCACUAUGUAAUAUUAUAAUGUAUAUAUAUAUAUACGUAUAUAUGUAUGUAUGAACUGAUUUGAAAUAGUACGUAUACGUACCUAUAUACGUAGGCACCUAUAUAUAUAUAUAUAUAUGUAAAUAUAUGUAUAUGUAUUUAAUAUAGGUGCGAAUUUUUCUAUUUCCCCCGUUUAUAAAUAUAAUAAUAAUACAUAAAUAGUAAAUACACGCGAAAGAAUAUCGCGGAAUCCUUGUGAAAUAUAAAUUGGGGAAAAAAAAAAAAAAAAAUAACAAAAAAAUAAAAAAUAGAAACGGUAUUAUUGUUGCGUGUGUGCGCAGACGUCAUCAGACGAGUCGCACACGCGCGCGCGAUAUAAUGCGAAAGCCGUGUACACACUCUCGUAUACUAUGUUUACGCGCAUCGUGCGAAUAAAAUAUGUGUACCCCGUGCCAGAGUUGUCGGUGCAGCGACAUAAUCGUUAUUAUUGUUGUUUGUCGAAAAACAUAUAAAAUGCACGCGAUCGAUGCGCGCGCCACGGCGGUGCGCGACAGAUUCGGUCGCAGUGAAAACCGUUUAUUCCCCCCCCCCCCCCCCCAGAAGUCGUGUCAUUUACACAUGGGCACAGGUGAGCGCGUUAUUAUUGCGAUAUUAUUGUUACGAUAAAUGCCAGAUCGUAAAGUACUCUGUAUGCUCUGUACGUUACACGGGUAUUUGGGCGCGAUGUUCUACACUGUGCGAGUACAUCGGCACGGCGUACCUGCAGCGUAUGGAAACAUGAUAUUUUAUUUGUCCGUCGGGAAGGUUGUGUUGUAUGUGUGUGUGUGUGUGCGUGGGGAGGGGGGGUUCGCGAGUACGACAAUUUCCAAUAGAGGGGACACGGAACGUGUACCGUGUGCAGUACAACGGUAAAUGCAUAUAGCCACUAUCGUUAUUAUUACGCACCGUGAAAAACGGUUUUUGACGAAAUUCCGUUAUAUUCCGUUCCGCGGCACAUUACAAUAUUAGAUUAUAACGUCGGAACGCGUAAAACUCGAUUUCGAAACGUUUAACGGGGAAACGCGACGCGGUUCUGACCCCCCCCCCCCUAAAUCGCUGCUCUGCGAGCGCCACUGAUCUGCGGUAUUUAUUAUAUCCGCAGUAGUACACGCUCGUGUAGAAAUCAAAACAUCGUUGUUUUUUUUUUUUUUUUAUUUUCUGCUCUUUUUAUAGGGUGCCCGCUCGUUUGAUAUGCAGCGUAAAGGUAGUUGUCCCACGAUAAUCAUUACCACUUAAAAUAACUUUUGUUAUUUUUGAUAUGUGUUUUUUUUUUUAAAUAAUUAGGAUCCAUCUACUUUGUAUAUAAACAUUUUUUCUUUUUAGGGAAAGGGGGACUUAAACUAAACAUUUUAAAUAUCACUAUAAUUUUUUUUAAAAAAAAUUCAAAAUAGCCAGUUCGUAGAGAUUUUUAGAACAUUUUCUGUAGUGAAAACUUUUGUUAAAGUAUGGUCUUUUAUUUUCUACGAUUUUUUGAAAAUUUUAAUAAUUUUCUUUUCAAUCUUAACAAUAUUGCUUAUCAACAUGAAUGACUAUUUACCAGUUACUACUUAAUACCCAUUUUAUGAUAAAAUUAUUUCAUGCUAUUAAGUCAAGGAAAAAAAAAUCCUUGUCAUGUGCCCUGACUAAUAACUGAUUAAUUAUUGUAAUGAAAUAACCAAAAUAUAGAUAAUAUUCACAUUUGCAAAAACUUUGAAAAAUAAUAGAAAAUCAAAGAACACAUCUUAACAAAAAAUUCAACCACCAAAAUUUUCUAAUAAUCAAUUUUAAAAGAUGGCUAUAUUUUGAAUUUUAUUUUUUUAAGUGUAGUAAAAUUUUAACACAUAUUAAAAAUAUUGAACAGAACAAAAGGUUUUAUCAAUUAGCAGAUCAUCGUGGGACACCCUGUAUAUGCGAUUUUUAAUAAUAAUUGUUCCUUAUAAUAUAAACUCGAUAUUUUGUACGGAUUCGGUAUACACAUGAAUACCCGCUACAUUAUAUUCCAAAAUUAUAUGCAUACGAGAAUUCUGCCAUUCCGAAAAUACGAUUUUUUCUUCUCCGAUUAAUUUUGAAAAUUCAAAUGGCCAAUAACGCAUUAACGCCUAUUAAUAGCAAGCUGAAUUUCGGCGUACAAUUAUUAUAUUUUCGAAAAAAUACCGAUAAUUCAUUUAUAUUUCAUUUGGUAUGAGUAUAUAUAACAAUAAAUUUUUUGUUAUUAAUUUUGUAUAAAAUGAAAAUAUAAAAAAAUAAAAAAAACACCAACAGCAGAGCCGUGUCACUAGAGUAGAAUUUUCUCUCAGCUUACUUGUUGCCGUUACAAUAUAGUUCAUGUUGUUGAUUUUUAUUAAUGUUUGUGAGUUAAACAAAAAUAUGUUUACCGAAAUAGUUAUACAUUGUAGCUAUCGGGAUUUUCGCUAACAAACAAUCGGGCGGUAGGAUAGAAAUAUCAAAUCUCCUCAAGGUACAUAUCAUACUCAGUGGCAUCAUUUUGGAGGGGACAGGGGAGGCGUUUCCCUUCUCCUCGUUAUCAUUGGAUCGCUAUUGGGUCGGGUACGGGCUGAUGUCGGGCUAUUUUCGGGCCGCAAGCCCGCAAACAUGAUUCAUGGCAUUAUGUUUUAUCAGACAUUUAUACUCCAUAUACAUAUUGGCAAAAAUAGGAUAUGAAUUUUUGUGAAAUUCCCUUCAAAGCCGAGUGUUCGUGUACCUAGUAGAUAUUAAAAUAGAUAUCAUAUUUAGGUAUCCCCAUAUAUAUAUAUAUAUACAUAUUAUUUAGUCAUUGUUGACUUUCAAAAAAUUGGUUAUUUCGCCUAUGUGAUACGAAGUCACACUAUAGCGAGUGGUUUUUUUUUUCAGACUUAUUACGGGCCGGUCAAAACUUUUGCCCCCCAUCUCAAAGACUGAAACGAUGUCACUGCGUGUACUAUAUAAAAAUAGUAUUUAUGUAAACACGUUUUAACCAAGAUGCUUCCAAGAGUCCGUAAGGGUGUAUUUGAAACCCGAUGGAAACAAAAACCGCGACCUUACAAAUGGUUGGGGAGUGGAAAUUGUGUCUAGUUGAUGGACGUCAUUUGUCGGGUAUUUUAUGCGGUUUACUAUGGGGAAAAACGGACAAAUUCACGGCAAUAGCGGUUUCAUUGUUUUAGAUUUUUCGAUUUUGUCCUGAAAGUGUAUCUCUUGUUUUUUUUUUUUUUUUCUGAACAAAGACGUCGCCUCGUCUAGUUAUUUAUUGUUGAUUUUACUCGAAUCUUUAUUCGUUACACUUAUAUAUACCUGAUAUAUAGUUACGCGUCUGUGGUAUACGUUUUCCAACAAUUAGUAUAAAGUCGGUUUCAACUAUCGAUUAAUAAAACCCCCUUGACACAUUAUUAUACGUGUUCGUGCCACCUCUCCGUUUCGCGGAAUUUCCGUAUUGAGAAAAAAGCUCUACCGCCGUCGGUAACAUUUUACGAGUGUAUAAUAGAUGUAACGAAAGACGCGCUAAAAAUAUGAAAAUUCGAUUUCUUUGCCGCGCCGUCGACCCACAACGACGAAACGAAAACGAAAAAUACGGACAUAUUUCGCACGUGGGUGGACCACUGUUGUAGGUGAAAAGUUGGGAAGGCAGAGGGGAAAUUCACUGCAUAUCUGAACGCAGCGGUUAAACAUUGCUAACGAACAACGAUUCUGAGCGGAGUCCGGUAAAUAAAGUUGCAUUAUCAACGAUAUAUUUGUCACAUUAUGGUAAAAUAAUUACAUGAUAUUUGCUUAAAAUUAUAUCUGUUUUCCCGUUUAUCGGGAAAACUCCUGGGAAAAUCAAAAAACGGCCUCCCUAAAGUACCGUCCCCGGAAUAAUUGCCUUUCGGAAAAGGCGGCAGACUCGAUACCUCGGAGCGAGAUUUCUGGAAAAAACAAUAAUAAUAACAGACGUAUUUGUAAAACCAACACGCAUUCUUCGCUACGUACCCACACACGCACCAUCUAAAAUGGAAAAAAAAAAAAAAAACCGAUAGACGUGAUGAUGAGCGUUAAAAAAGGAAAGAAAAAAAAAAAAAAAACAGUUCCCCGACGAACAAUAAUUACGGGUACCCGUAAUAAUAGCGUACGCGUUUUAUUGUCGAGGAGAAUGAAAAAAAGAAAAAAAAAAACCGCAUUGUUACGCUCGUUUACCGGACGAUACUGCACGGGCGGCGUCGCGCGAUACGGGCGAACAUCAAAGCUCACGAAAACUUCUCGUGUACCCGCGUACAUGUUCUACGCAUACCCAUAUUGUAAUAUUGUAAUGUGUCGUGCGCGUGUGAUUGAUUUUCGGUUAUUUAAAAUCAUUAUAUUAUUGUUGUGCGCGAGCCGAACGUGUGCCGGUACGGAAAAAAAAAACACCGUCCGGCGACGACUGCGCGUAUAUAAAGAGAGUGAGAGAGAGAGAGUGAGAGGGGGGGGGGCGAGAGAGAGAGACCGUGUAGGGCCCGCAGGAGAGGUAAAAUAAAUAAAAGCGAUUUAUCACAAUUACCGAACCAUUGUAUUGUGUUACCGUGUAUAGCGGCUAUACAGGUGUACCACUCGUUAUAUGUACACGAUGAUAAUAAUAAUAUAUAAUAUUAUCGGCGGCCGGUUUCGAUCGUUUCGGACGCGCGUGUUUUGUGGGCCGCGCAAGGUGUUUGCGUUAUUAUUAUAAUAUUAUAGCGAGGAGCGGUACGGCGGCGGCUGUACAGGGCGAUUCGGCCGACCGGAAACACUCAUUAUCGUCUCGGGAAGUGUUAACGGAAAAUAAUAAUUCGUUCUAAAACGGUUACGUUAUCGGUUUCUUGUCCGUCGCCCUUAUUUUCGCGGGCGAAACGCGGUUAUUCGCUUUCGGUUUUCAAACGGCGAACCCAUUACGCAUACUGAAAACGUCUCGAAUGAUUUUAGUUGAAUUAAAUUUCAGUUGGAAAACGCGUUUCGGCGUUGACAUCAUUGAUUUCCGUCAAUCCGUCGACAAGAUAUUCGCACUUUUAGGUUUAGGCCGGGCUGGGGAAAAUGUGUACAAUAGCGCAGCGUCAUUUGUGCGGCGGUAAUGUAUGGGGUAGCGGUUUUACCUCCCCCCCCCUUCCACGAAAAUAAACGAACCGAAAAAUAUGCGUAAAUAUCAAAUCGUAGAGCUGCUUGUUUCUCAAAAAUGUUCCGGAUGUUCCGGAAAAAUUCAAUACUCUCCGAGAAAACGAGCGUUUCCAAUAUAUAGUAGAGCGAUAAUCGCCCUGUAUAGUGUAGCGCGCGCGCCUAUUAUUAUACACUUGUACGCAACGUCUCGUCUACACCUCGUCUCUCUAUUCGUCAUAUUAUUGUAUACGUACGUACUUACAAACGUGUAUAUACGUAUACGGUGUCUACGACGACGUGGCACAUUAUUAUUAUUAUCGCGUGUUUAUAGAGUGGGUACGCGUUGUCGCGUGAACGUUAUUUUUCCCCCCUGAGUAAAAAAAAAAAAAUAAAAAAAGAUAAUGGGGACGGGUGCAGCCACUGGUGUAGGCGGGCAGUUUGAAAAGGAGGAUAUAGACGGGAAUUUAAUGUACAUCCGUAAACAACGAAAAACCAUUGCUUACGAAAAAACGAUUCUGAGCGGAGUUCAAUUGAUGGUGAUGCUUUGUCAACAAUAUUUAUGUCAUUUUGUAGUCAAAUAAUUAAAUACGCUUUAUAUAUUUUCUUUAAUAAAAUUUGUUAUACCAAUUUUCCCUGUUUUCCUUCGUUUUUCCCGGUUUUCCCAUGUUUUAUCCCGAUUUUUCACAUUUGCUAGGAAAACUCUUGGGAAAAUCGAAAAAUGACCUCAUUAAAGUACCUCGCUAGUUAAAUUUCCGUUUAGAAACAUUGCUAUUAUUAAAAGUCUGAGCAAAAUUGCUGGUAGAAAAGUUGUGCAAAGAAAGAAAGAAAAAAAAACAUCUUUGUAUAACCAUAAGCUUCUUUGCUCCACUCGGAAUCUGAAAUAGUCGCGAUAUCACGCGCCGCCAGUUACUUACGACGGACGGGAUCUUUGAAACGCAUAGACCGAUUUAAUUUACGCCUAAUAUCUGUGGAUAACUCGCCGACGAUAAACGAUCCAUGCAGUGACGUUUUCCCCGCGAUGACGGCGUCCCGGAAAUCGACGAAAACGUAUAAUAUACGAGAAACCGACGGUUUAACUCGUUUGUCGAGAAAACUACGCGAUAAACGACUCGCCGAAAAGGCGAAAAAAUGCUAAAGAACAUAUUCCUAUAAAGUUUUCGUAUACGGAGCGAGAUUUCCAGAGUUGUUUACCUGCAGACACAAAACCAAACGUCCCUGAAUAGAGCUGCAGCUUUCCGUCAAAACCAUAGAACUGAAAUUUUCACCGUCUGUUUUGUAUACAAUAGACAUAUUAUUGGCUAAACGAUAAAACACUAUGACGAUAUUUUAUUGGACUACUGUAAUGAUAACUCUAUUUCUAAAAAAAAAAAUCUUAGUAAACCAUAAUCUUCUUCGCUCAAUUCGAAAUCUAAAAAAGAAUAAUGAAAAGUGUGACGGUUGAAAGUUGAAUGAUGUGUCGAUAGUGACGGCAUGCAUGUAUACAAAUAAAACACUUAAUAAACGCUUUCAAAUAAAUUUAUUUCAAACAUUUUGUGUUCGAAUUAAUUAGAUAAUUAUUUAUUUGAUCAACAUCAAUGUGAAUUUGGCGAAAAGUACAUCACGAGAUUGGCCUGUUAUUUUUUUUUUUUUUUAAUAUUCGGAGCAUAGCAAUUGGUUUUACUAUGACGCAUGUGUGUGGUUUUUUUUUCUAUCUAUGAAUUUCUUUUCUGCAAAAAAUCCGAAGUAUCGAAUAUAGCACCUUUUCUGAGAGGUAAUUUUCUUUAUUUGAUGUCCAAAGACAAAUAUUCACAGCAGAGUUUCUUUUCAUGUAGGUAAUUUUUUUUUUUUCAUUUUUUCAAAUCAAACUUUUGAUAAUCGAGGACUACAAUUCGAAAAAGCAGUCCGGCUGAUAUCAUACUGCUGUAUUCGAAUCUGUAAUCGAAAUUCUUAAGAAGACGUAAUACCCGUAUCUAUUGUCUCAGUCCAACUACCGUGUAACAUGAAAGUACAAUGCUUAGGUAGAAUAAGUAAAACUAGCUUAAUUUUGAUUUUAGAGUAAAAGUACUUAUUUUGAAAUGUAUAGAGAACAAUAUUUUAGAGGGAAUUUUUUCUGACCUAUGAAAUACCAAAAAGUUACAGUUAUUUAAAAAAUAAAAAAACAAAUAAAAUGUUUUGUAUAUUUUGAACAAUACGGAAAACCCUAUGGCAUUCCCUCCAAAAUAUUGUUUUUUAUAUAUUUUACAUGAGGUGCUAUUGCUCUAAAAUCAUAAUCAAGCCGGUUUCAUUUAUUUCGUGUAAGCAUUAUUUUUGCACGUUACCCGGCAAUUGGACCGAGACAGUAGAUGUGCGAAUAACGUCCUUAUAACGUUUCGUCACUGUAUACAAUCAUCGAUCGAUCUGGCAGACGAACAGAAAACCGUAGGGCCGAAUAAUUAUUGUUUUGCUGCGUACCGGCUAUAAUAUUAUGCGUGUUGGGCGAAAAUAAAUCGAAUCCCUUCAACAACAAUUAUUAUAAUACGUGUCACUAUUGAACGGAGCGUGUUGGAAUAUUAUUAUUAUUAUGUAUAACUACGAGUACAAUGCACACUGCGGAACACUAAAUUGAUGCGUGUGCGACAAGUACUCGGCGGAUUUUUUUUUUCUUCUCGUAUAUUUUUUCGCCUCGUCGUCCGAUAAGAUCACCUAUACAGUAUACACAAUAUUAUUAUGUACGAGUGUAUAUGUUAUGUACUUUCAAUAUAAAAUCUUUUUUUCUUUUUCCUUAUUUUUUUUUUUUUUUUUUUUUUUUGAAUACGGGCAAACAAUGGGCGGCCCUCGCGAUGUUGCGUAUAGGUGAGCGUAUGUAACAUAAAUACUAACAAUAUCGCGGACGAAGCAGAAGCGUAAAAAAUAAAAGCCUGUUAACCGCGAUAAACGGCGACGGCCGGGUGCGUUACAUAAGUAGUGCAGUGUACACCACCACCGUCAUCGCCACUAUUUAUGCAUAUUUAUAUAUAUAUACACUCGGAAGUUGCAGAUUUCCAAUCUCGACCCGCGGUAUGAACCGGAACUCGAAAUAAUAGAAUUCUCUUAAAUUCUAUACCUAUAUAUUAUACACAUAUCGUGUGCAUACAUACACAAUUUAUGUUUUGUUGACGGGUCGACGGGUAUGCGAGUUUAAUAAUAUUUUAACGCAACGGGGAGAAAAAAAAAUGAUAGGUACCUCUACUCGAGCAUAUAAGACUAUAAUAAUAUUAUCGGCGUCGAAUUGACUUCAAUAGGGCCCGUCGGCUGCAAUCUUUACAAAGGCCCCGCCCCCAAAAGUCAGGUUUUAUGGUUCGAGUUCAUAAAUAAUAGGAUCGAAAAACAAUUUUUUUAAAUUCAACUUUAUUCAGGAACUCUUUUUUUACGUCCGAAACUAUUUAUAAUCAUAAUUUUAUACUUAUUUUAAAGCAAUAUUUCAAAUGAUUGUAUGUUGAACUUUUAGCAAUAUUAUUGAUAAAAAUAUCAUGAAUAUUGUACAUAAAAGUAAUUGUGAAGACUCCACAUUUGAUGAGUACCAUAGGCCGAUCCUAAAAUAUAAAAAGUUUUAAAUUUUCAAUUUAUUUACCCCGGAAUUUUCAACAUGAUACUGUUGUAAGUAGGGUAGUAUCUUAAGAAUAAACCUAAACUUCAUUUCACUAAUUUAAAUCGAAAAUAAUAAUGUUUUUACUUGUCGAUGUCUCAAAGUGUUUUGCUAUAACAUCUUAAAUAAUAGUUUUCGCAGUACAAUUUCUAACAUUUACUAAAUAAGCGUUGAAAAUCACGUAUUUUCAAUAAAAACAAAUUUUAAAUUAGAGAGGGGUGUGGUAAAGUGCAAUUUAGCUUUCCAUAACAUUCCGGUAAUGAUAAAGAAUUGAUACAUUUUUUUUUUUUCAAAACUAAUAAUGUUGAUUUCGUGAUUUUUUGCUAACACAAAAACAGACGGUAGGGUCGAGAUCGAAAGUUCAAACCUUUUAAAGUCACAUCCUAGAUAACAAUUAUAUUUACGUUUAAACAUGUAAACCACACUACUUUCUUAAAUCCAUAAUGAUGGGUAUUUAAAAUCCGCUAUUUCCUGCAAAAACGUGAAGUGUGAAAUGUCAAAAACAUCUGAGCAUAAAAAUGGUUAGCAGAUGGGUUGAAAGUUGAAACUACCAAAAAGCACAUUCUCGAUAUAUGCGCCGUAUUUGUAACGAAAUUUCAUCCCACUGACUUCAUUUGGGAGUCUGCAGGGAUAUAGAAAGUUAAAAAAAUAACCGUCCUCUCGUAACAACACGGCGAAGUUCAUAUGGAAAUUCAAACAAAAUUGUACAUAAAUAAAAACGCCUCUGAUUCUCGAGUUUAAGCUCUUUAGGUCCAGAGGGAGAGUACCAGAAAAAAGAUGUAUACAUUUGUUACGGUUUUAAUGUCGUUAUAUAUAUACUUUGACCGAUUUUGCGCUGUCAUUUUUACAUAAGAGCAUAAGCGAAACUAAUGGGGUACUAGGCGGUCUUUAGUAACCCAAGUUUAAAAUCAGUACCCUCGAAAAUAUCCAAUAAGCUUUUUAUAGUGUCUACUAAAUAUUUUAUCGAUGUAUUUCAUAAUUUAUUAAUAAACAGAACAAAAUACAGGCAAUGCAUCUGUGUAUAAAAAAUAAAGUUAAGAUACAUAAGUUAUGAUACAUUUUUAUAGGCAAAUUGUAAAUUACAUGUGACAUUGCUCACUGCAAGUUUCGUGCAAAGGGGGUUGUGGGGGUAUUGUCCCCACGGGUCUUUUACGCGUCUAUUAUUUUAGCACUUAUAAAGUUGGUUGUCUAGUCGUGCCUAUGUGCAAUAGUGUACUGGCCAAUUAACAAACGUAACUAACUCAAAAGUAAGAACAUUGUCUGUGUUUGUAUAUUUGUUUCGGUGUAUUUAUUUCAAAUCCAGAUUCGAUGAUUUUUUAAAUUGUAAUAUUUCACGUGUCCGAAACUCGUUUGAAAAUUAAAAUAUCAAAGAAAAACCAACAUUUAAAUACAGAAAAUGUUUUAAGCUUUCCAAGCUUAUACAGAUUUUAUUUAAGUUCGAUAAUACGCUAAUGCACCCUAAUACUAAAAUGAAUACCACAAAAUCGGAUUUUAUAUAAUAUAAAAAGUGUAACGACAUUAUAAUCGAUUUUACAACAUUAACCUAUAUAAUAUAACAGACACAAUAUAGUGCAAUAGUCUCUAAUUUUUUAGGGGAAAUUCAAAAACAGUUAUCAAACGUUGAAUAAUACAGAAAUAAUAUCAAAGGUCUGUUCGUAAUAAAUAAUAAUAAUAACAAUUCCCAAUAAUUCAAUUAAAAAUAAUAAUGAAUGUUUUUUUUUCUUUUCUAUUUUCCGAUAAUAAUCGGAAAAUAUUGCACGCGUUUUUACGCGGAAUUCAGUAGGUAGCUAAAAAUAUGUUUUUCAAAAUUAUUUUUAUACUCACGUGAAUUUAACGGGCUCGCGAGAAACAGAAAUCUCGAAUACACGUCAAUUUUGUGAAAAAUUAAAAACGCAAACAAUAUUUUUAUAUGGAAAAUCCGUAUUUAAAUAACCUUUAAGAAAUAAUAAUUAAAAUUGUUUAACAAAAUACAAAACUAAGAUAAAUAAUUAUAAGCUAUAUUCUGACCGGUUUUGUUUUGUUUUUUUUUUGUUUUUUUUUAACUAGUCGAGUUAAACGUUAUCGAUACAAAAUAGUAACUUAUAACUUAACUUGUGAACAUUUCAACUGUUUAACCGAUAGAUUUCGUUUUAAUGUAAUAAUCCUAAAAGAUAGUUGACUAAUAAUAACCUUGUUACCCAAUACUUUUCCGAACGUCCCCGGCCUUCAACAACGGCGGCAGACCGUCGGCGCGGAGUUCGUCCGGUUUUAUUUUUCACUUUCCAUCACAUUUACGAUAUCUACCCGCUUUUAUUAUUGUAUCGGACGAUAUUAAAAAAACGAAUGCAAUUGAUCGAACCCCGAGGGACCGUACACCUGUAAUAUUCGUGCUUAUUGUGUUUAUUUUUAAUUAUUUUAAUGUUAAGCGGACAACGAAAUAAUAAGAUGUUUAUCUGCAACAAUCGAUUUCUGUGUAGACAAUAAUACACAAUAUCGUCGCUUUGUUGAUGGCGGCGCGCGCGAAGAACACUCGAAAACGUAAUAUUUCGCAUCGUAUUUAUUCGAACCCUCCACAAAAGGCGCGACGGGAGCCGCCGCGACACAUAAAACUCGGUUUUUAAUGAAACAACAACAAAAAUAUUAUUCGGCAAACAAUAUUGUCGUUAUCUGCGCCGUAGUAAUACAAAAAGACGUCGCGGUACAACAGCAUUCGGCGUGUAUAUACGUACAUAGGUAUUGUGCGAAGAAAAUGUAAACUAAAUCUAACUUGAUACACUUUGCGCACACGCGCGCCACAAUGCGAGUGUAAUGUAAUAACGAAAAACAACAAAAAGGAAAUAAUACAAUAGACGUUGUUUUUUUUCAAAUUAAAACAAACAUCGUGUCAGCGGCCCAUACCGCGGCGCGAUCCGGCGACGAGCAAACGCAAUAAUAACCAAAACUCGAUUUGAACGUUCCGUUCGUAACACCGGAACUUGUAUUGUAUGCGUGUAUAAUAAUAUUAUAAUGUUUACAUUGAGUCGGCGGUAUCCGGCACGCAUAUUUUCCGUAUUAUUUACGAGUGCGUUCCAAACGCCGCGUUGUAAUGUAUUUUAACACUUGCUUUGUGUUCGUAUAGAUUUCGGGAAAAAUUUCCGCGCUGUGAACAUUUCCAACAAGACACCCGCUAUAAGUGUAAUCGCAUAAGAGUUAAUCGUGAUUUUGAUUUUUUUUUUUUUUUUUAAUUUCUUAAUUUGUUCGCUCUCCACGCGAUACCGCGUUCGGCCGGGUGAACAAAGAUUUCCCUCGAACUUUUACCUCUACGAAAUCACGUCUAAAGUUCGCGCGAGUAUCGUAUUUACAAAAUAUGUCUUUUUAUUAGUUUUUUUUUUUACACUGUAAAUAGGUACUCAUUUCUCAAAAAAAAAAAACCAAAAUAUUCAAAAAUAAUCGGCACAAAAACACAUAAAACCGAAAAUCACAUCGUAAAAUCGUAAAUCGUUGAAAUUUUUCAUAAAUGAACCCUUCGAAACUACCAGAUAAUUUCAACAAUUUAAUUUUACACGAGCUAUAAAAGCAUACAUAUAGAUAUAUUCAAUAACAAUGUAUUGUUUUUUUUUUUUUUAGAAUUAUUUAUUUAAAUAAACAAAUAAAAACGAAAUAAAUAGUUAUUUUUGAUAAAUUUAAUGAUUGUGUGACUUCUUAGAAAUAACUUUAGAGUUCUGAACAUUUAGGGAAAAUCUUUUCUUUACCAGUUGAACGUAAUUUUAUGUACAAAUGAAAAACAAUUAAAUCGUUGUUACGCCGCCGUAAAUAUUUUUCCUACAAUUUUUUAAUUUCGAUUAGACGAUUAAACAAACUGUGCAGAUAAGAACAUAAUAUUGUGUUUAUUUGAAAUCCACGCGCGAUUGAAACAACCAAAACAGGCUUACUUGCCCAAUAAAAAUUCAGAUGCCCACUGGCUUUUAUAGUGCAUUUUAAGGUCGAUAAGCAAAAAAAAAAAAAAAAUCCGGUAAUGCGCUAACAAAACUAACCAUUAUCCAUUCAGACCAGCCAUACUUGCACGUAUGUACACCUACACAUUGUUGUAUGACAGUGCGAAGUAUAGUUCAUAUAUCAACAACUAUAUUUACGACUGUUUGUGCAAUUUUUCGGUGCUCUUUACAUUUGACGAUCGAUCAAAAUUAAAAGAAAGAAUAAUUAAAUCCAAUAGGUAGACGAUCCGCACGGGUCCUGGACAAAUAUCCGCGAUGUCCUCGCGCGCAAAUAGGGCACCGACUAUAUAUAAAACCCGCAGACAGGUGUGUGACGGUGACGCCGAAACGCCUUUAAACGUCUGGCGGCGCCUCGAAACGCGUAUUUCGCGACAAACACAAACGCGCGGGAAAUCUUUUACAAGACUUUUUACACGCCGAAUAGGCGAGAUCGAUUCCUCAAAACGGGUCUUCCGCGUUCCGGCAGCCGUCGGUUCGCCUUUAUCGCAACGACAACGCGUGGGAGGGAGAAUAAUAAUAAAUAUGUUGGAUGCAGUGGUUCAACACAGACACCGUUGAAAACAUCCGAUAAUGUAUACACUUAGAUAUUUCGAAAUUCGUGUCACACCCUCCCCCCCUCCCUCUGGAUUUUUUAUUUCUUUCGCACGGAAUUCCGUAAAUAAUAACACGUAAAUACCGAACGUUUUACGAAAUAACCUGCGACAGUUCUUUCGAUAAAACUGCGGGAUUAAUAAAAAAAAAAAAAAUAAAUAUAUACAUUUAUAUAUUACGCGAGCAGAAAUAUCGUAUCGCCUUAAUGCCUUUAGUUACGCGUAGUAUAGAAAUGAAACAUUAUUGCUCUGGCACGAACUGUGAACUGACGAUUUCGGUUUGUAUAGCUAUUAAUGACGUGUAAUAACUUUAUAAAUCGGCGAAUAAACGCGAAUGGUAACUUUUUAUAAGCUUACGAAAAUUAUUUUGAAUAUAACGAUCGAUACCGAUGGGCGAAAUAAUGACACGGAUUACUUGUUUAUUUAUAACGUGGCUAUUUUCAAAAAUCAAUAAAAAUUAUCGAUAAAAAAAAAAAUCAUUCUAUAUUUUCAUUCGUUUUUUUUUUUUUGUUUUUUAAAUUCUGAUCCAAACAAACAAUCGACUUUAGUAAAUACGUGUUUUUUUUUAUAUAUAUAUUCUGAGUGUAGCGAAGAAUGCAUUGGUUUUAAAAAGAUGUUUAUUCUUUUAUACUGUGUACAAAAAUUCUACUAGUAAGCUAACUGCGAUGUAUACGAUGUAGGCCAUUUUUUGAAAGAAAAUUUUCUUCGAGUGGUACUUUAUGCAGGUUAUUUUUCAAUUAUCUCAUGAGUUUUCUCAUCAAAUGUGAAAAACCGAAAAAAAUGGAGGAAAACGGGAAAAUGUACAAAAUAUAUUAGUAAAAUAUUGCGAUUUUUUAUUUCUGCGGACAACAUUUCUACCAUCAAUUUUGAUCCGAUUUACAAUGAUAGCGCUUUUUCUGAAUUGGACAUUUAUGUUGUUGACAAAGUAUCGCUAUCAACUGAACUUCGCUCAGAAUAGUUUUAUGGUUAGCAAUGCUUUAUCGUAGCUUCCAGUUAUACAUUAAAUUCUUUUUUGUAUCUUACCUUUCCGACUUCCCACCUAAAACAGUGGCUGCACCCACGUUUUUUUGAAAUAUAUCCGUCUUUUUUGUUAUUUUGCCCGCUGACUAUUUACUUUUCUACCAGGAAUGGUUCCCGAGAAAAUUACUCAAUAGGGACUUUCAAACAUUCUUAUAGUAUUUUUAAUCUAAAGUUUAGGAGACCAUUUUAAACAUUUAAAUUUGUUUGUAGUUUUGUUAACAAAUCUGAAAAAUCCAGUGGCUUGAAAGAAUAAUUACUUUGAUAUAAACACGUAUUUACCACAAUAUUUAAAAUAUUGAUCUUGAAGUUGAAAUAUUUUGUUGACAAUAACAAAAACGAUUGCGUAAUGACGGAAUUUCGUGUGCAUGUUGUUCGCAGGGCACUGCACAUGAAGGAGCAUCCGGAUUACAAGUACCGUCCACGACGCAAGCCCAAGACAAUGGUGCAGAAGAAAAACGACGGGGGUGCUGCGGUCACGGCGAAACCAAUAUCGUAUUCGGUGCGUGAUCUGCUGCCGCAACACGAUUCGUCCGGCGGCGGUGGCGACGAACAACAAUCGGCCGCCGCCGCCGCAGCAGCCGCGGCAGCGGCAGCCGUGGCCAAGUUUCCGCGGGCUUACUUCUCGCCGUACCAUCACCACUACUCGUCUUCGUUUUAUCAGCAAGUGGCCAAGGAUCUGUCGGUCGUGGCCGGUGGCGGCGGUGCCGGUGGUGGCAACGAGGCCGCCACGGCGGGAAAAGCAGUUCACGAUCUGGCGUUGCACGCGCUCUACGGCAAUUCCCUGUACUCGCGGGCCGUUUCGCUGGCCACCGCGUGGCCGAUGAUGACCGCCGCCGCGGCCACCGCGGCUAGCGGUGAGAUAGCCGGCGGAUGCCCGGGUAACUGUACCGAGUGCGGCCGGCAUACCGAACGCGGUCCUGUGGUGACCAUCCAGUCGCUGCCGCCGCCACCACCACCCCCCAGACCGGCGCACGAGUCAUCUACACCGUCGUCCACUCCGUCACCGCCGGCCCGGCUACCGCCACCGCCCCUGUCCACGGUGUCGGCGGCGGCAGCUGUCAUCAAGCGGCCCAUCGCACUGCUCGUCAAACCGGAACGGGUUGUGCCGGCCGGCCUACAGCCGCAGCACGUCAUAUGA